AUGAAUUUAUUUAAUAAAAAUAUUAAGGAGUCUUUUAAUAAGACUAAUAAUGAUAAUAUUUGUAAACAAAUUGAAUAUGAAUAUGUUCAUGAUGUUUAUACACAAUUAGCAGGUCAUUGUUUACGUGUAUGUAAAAAUACUCCAAAAUCAUCAUCAAAAAAUGGUAGAGUUACCCAAUGGCCUGUUGUUAAAAAAUUUUUAAAAGAACUUCCAGAUGGUUGCGUAAUCUUAGAUAUUGGUUGUGGGCAAGCUAAAUAUGAAUUAGAAAAUGGUUAUAUUAUAGGAUUUGAUUGUUGUUGCGAUGUUUUAAUAAAGGCAGAGAAAAGGCAUAAUGUUGAUGUUUUAGUUGCAGAUACAUUAAAUAUUCCUAUUAAAAAAAAAAGUAUAGAUGCAGCUUUAUGUGUUUCCGUUAUACAUCAUUUUACUUCUUUAGAAAGACGUAAAGAAGCCUUAUUAUCAAUAUCAGAAUGUUUAAAACCUAAUUCAUUACUUUUUAUUAAUGCUUGGGCAUUUGAACAACCAAAUGGAAAAUUUCCAUCUAGUGAUGUUUUAGUACCAUGGAAUUUACAUGAUAUUAAAAAACCAUUUUUUAAAUUUAAUAAUGAAAGUACAAGAGAAGAAAGAAUAAUCAAAAGUUCAAUUCCAAUAAAUCUAUCAAAUGACAAUUCUAUAUCUAAUUGGUUUUCAAAUAAAAUAACAAAAAUUUUACCAACAACAAUAUCUAAUUUUAUCAAAUUUAAUGAUACACCAACAAAGUCAAAAUUAGUUGAUACAAAUAAUAAAAAUGAUAUAAUUCCACCAGCUAUACCAAAAAUUGUUGAAUCACUUAAAAGACAAUCAACAACAGAACAAUUAUUUUGUGGAAUAAAAAGAUGGAGUCCAAUGAUAGGAAGAAAAUUAUUAUCAUUUGUUAAAAAUGUUGAAGAACAGUAUGCUGAUGAGAUUACUGAUGAAAUUUUUGCUGAUGCAUUUACAGAAAUUUUAAGUAUGUUACAUGAAGUAACAUAUUAUAGAUAUUAUCAUGUAUUUAAAAAAGGAGAAUUAGAAAGUUUAAUUGAUAGUAUUCCUGGAUUAAAAACAGUAGAUUCUUUUUAUGAUUCAGCAAAUUGGUGUUGUAUAGUUGAGAAAAUUGCGUAA